CAAACCCCUCCAGGUCGCCCGGUUCUCUGCGGUGUUGGCUAAGUCACUGGCUUUAAAGAAACCCUCCGGGCCAGACGGCAGUGCUGGGAGCAGAAGCCGACCUUGCUGUGGGCAGUUGGGACCUUCUGGCUGAAAGGAGAAGCUGCCCCUGCACCUGGACUUAUGACCCGUGGCUUCCCUCCCAGCUUGCCCAGUGAGUUCCACAAGAUGGGCUCCUUCCGCAGGCCCAGACCCCGCUUCAUGAGUUCCCCGGUGCUCAGCGACCUGCCCCGGUUCCAAGCAGCCCGCCAGGCUCUGCAGCUGGGAUCCAACUCUGCCUGGAACAGUGUCCAGACGGCUGUGAUCAAUGUCUUCAAAGGAGGGGGCUUGCAAAGCAACGAGCUCUAUGCACUGAACGAAAACAUCAGGCGGCUGCUGAAGAGUGAGCUUGGAUCAUUCAUCACAGACUAUUUCCAGAAUCAGCUUCUUGCAAAAGGAUUCUUCUUUGUGGAGGAGAAGAUCAAGCUGUGUGAAGGUGAAAAUCGCGUUGAGGUUCUGGCUGAAGUCUGGGACCACUUCUUCACCGAGACCCUCCCCACCUUGCAGGCGAUAUUUUACCCAGUUCAGGGCCAGGAGCUGACCAUCCGCCAGAUCUCCCUGCUGGGUUUCCGAGACCUGGUCCUGCUGAAGGUGAAGCUGGGAGACCUGCUGCCGUUGGCCCCGCCCAAGCUCCCUUCGUCUGUUGUCCAGAUGCUGCUCAUUCUGCAGAGUGUGCACGAGCCCACGGGACCAAGCGAGGGUUACCUGCAGCUGGAGGAGCUGGUGAAGCAAGUGGUUUCUCCUUUCCUGGGCCUCAGCGAGGACCGCGCCUUCCCGGGCCUCACCUACACCAUGGCCAGGCGACACACCAGGGUCCGACCCAAGAUGACACUUCUGAACUAUGCGUCCACCAUGAACGCAGCCGGCCGGCCACUGAAUGAGAUGAUGCUGACCCCACUGACGGAGCAAGAGGGCGAGGCCUACCUGGAGAAGUGCGGCAGCGUCCGGCGGCACACGGUGGCCAAUGCCCUUUCGGACAUCCAGCUGCUGGCCGUGGCCACCAGGAUGCACUCCGGCUUGGGCGAGGAGGCCGGCAGUGAGGACAAGUGCCUGCUGCUGCCGCCCAGCUUCCCGCCAGCCUCCCGGCAGUGCUCCAGUGAGCCCAACAUCACCGACAGCCCCGAGGAGCCGGAGGAAGUGGCAGGGGGCAGCCAGGAGGACACGGAGCUGAACUGCGCUUCCUUCAGCUGAGUCUCCCCGAGCCCACCAUCUGGAUCAUCCCAACUCCUGCUUCUCAGCGGGGAUGAGGCAGGCACUGGCCCCUAUGGACCACUCUGGGGGAACGUUGCCCUAGUCUGCUAAAGGGCUGACCGGGUCUGGCUCCAUCCGAGGGGAACUGGUGUCAACCUCUCGCCAUUGGGACGGCGGCCACCUCAGUCACUAAGUCACUAAGCCUCAGCACCUCCGUCUUGGGUUUCCUCUCAGACUCAAGGGGUGAACCUGGGGCAGGAUGGGGGUGGGGUAGCCGAUGUGGCUGCAAUCCUCUCUCAUUCCAGAAACAGACACUUGUCUCCCUGGGGGUGUGAGGGGCUGGUGGGGACCAGCCACCUAGUCCAUUCCUGGAUGUGACUUGAACUUUCGAAAUGUGUAGAGUUGAAAAAAAAGUUGUUGUUGUUUGCAAAUAUUUGCACUUGCACAUAGAACCUUGCACUGUGCUUAUCCU